CAGGCGUGUGCUCGCGUGUGUUGUGACGUGAGGAAGCUCAGCUCUCGCCUACUGAUUUAACAAGUUUCAGUGAUUUUUUUUUUGUUGUUGUUCUUUUAACCACACUUUGUCAUGUCCAAACCGUCUUAUACUGGCUCUUAACGCGGAAAUCCAUCAUGGGUCAUGUAUUUGGACUAAAAAACCGGUAAGUUUUUUUUUUCCUCAAUCAUGGCUACUACGGAGUUGACGGAGCCUGAGAAACAGUUCACCAAGCCCAGCCCGGACCCAAAACACUCCGAGCCAUGGAAACGGCACAUCAUACGGCAGCUGAAAUAUCGCGAUAAGGCGCAGAAGAUCGUCUUCCAAGAUGUGAUACGAUCAUAUGUCAACCUGCUCGAGCGCUGUGCGCAAAGUGCAUUAAUCACCCAGAGCCUCUUCUCCCCGCUGAGACCAUUCUCCAUAUCUGAGGAUUUGUCUUCCCUGAAGACAGCCACUGGUGAGCUUGCUUACAAAGUAGUGGAGCUGCAGAAAGAGAUAAAAAUCAAGGAUGCUUUUCUUGAAAAGCAACAUGCCAAGUUGCAUGAUACUCAGAACUGUGUAAUGGCUGUGGAAUUAGAGAAAGGCAGACUGGGGUCUGAGGUGAAAAAGAUGACUGAUAGCAACUUACUCCUCAAGAGUAACUAUGACACUCUGCGUGAGGGCUAUCAGCACUUGGAUGAAGUUUACAGAAAGGAGAAUCUCCACGGCUCAGCCGUCCUGGAGGACAUGAUUUGCUUGAAAGGACAAGCUGCUGCUCGUAUGAACCACCACAAUGAGAGGAGACAGAGGGCCAGACAUGCAGGUCUUCAUAAGGAACUUGAGGUGGCUGCCAGUAAGAGUUUAAACAUUGACACAGUACCCCAAAGUGUGUCAUUACCAUCAUCACCAUUACUACGCAGGAAUGAAAGUGAAGAGGGUUUGAAAGGCAGCAGCCAUUUACGCGCUUUCAGAUCAGCUUCGGUUACUUCCCCUCGGAUUCUUGACUCAAUCAGAGGUUUAUUUGAAAAAAAGAGGCGAGGUAAUUCACUUAGCAGUUUGGAAGAAGAUCUCUGUACUCCUCUUGGAGUUUGUUUAAUAGCUAGAGUUCCAACCAAAGUCACUCAUGCAGUGGAUGCUCAUGAGCUUGGAAUCAAUGCAGUGAGAUUUAGCCCGAGGUCAAAUCUGCUGGCUACAGGAGGCACAGACAGGGUAAUCAAACUUUGGGACAUCAGCUCAGGCUUGCUGCACUACAGAGGGACACUAGAUGGGAGUAAUGAGGGAAUCACCAGCAUUGAGUUUGACCCUACGGGCAGCCGAAUUUUAGCUGGAUCAUAUGAUAACUCAGCUCUUAUUUGGCGGUUGGAUGACUCUGUUCCAAAGUUUACAUUGACAGGCCAUUCUCGCAAAGUCACAGCAGCUAGGUUUAAGUGUAACCUAAGGCAGGUGGUGACUGGGAGUGCAGACAGAACUGUAAAAAUCUGGGACCUGCAACGUGCUGCCUGUAUCCAGACCAUUGAGGUAUCAUCCUACUGUAGUGAUGUAGUGUGUUCAGAGUAUUACACAAUCAGUGGCCAUUUUGACAAAAAGAUACGUUUCUGGGACAGCAGGACAGCAAGCUGCACACAAGAGGUUCCCUUACAGGGCAGGGUGACAUCACUUGACAUCUCACCCAACCACAGAGAAUUAUUAAGUUGCUCAAGAGAUGAGAGCCUGCAGCUGGUGGAUCUGAGAAUGAGUAAUACCAGAAUGACCUUCCGGGCAGAAGGUUUCAAAUGUGGAAGUGACAGCACCAAGGCUAUCUUCAGUCCAGAUGGAAGUUACCUGGCAGCUGGCUCUGCUGAUGGUGGUGUGUACAUCUGGAACAUUAGCACAGGCAACCUGGAAAGACGGCUACCAGACAUGCAUAGAACCUCAGUUAAUGCAGUGGCUUGGUCAAUGUCAGGCGAGUAUAUGGUGAGUGUUGAUAAGAGCCGAUGUGCCAUUCUGUGGAGUGACAUCUGAAACACGUUUUAAGUGGCAGUACUCACUGCAGCUGACUUAUACCCAGGAUCGAAAACUUCCAGACGUCUAUGUUCAGCAUGUGAGGGACAGCAUGUUCUAUACACCAAACCUGUUAUUAAAAGAGCUUCAGUAUUCAACUGCUUAUAGAAGCAAAUCACCACAAGCAGGGUAAAAUAAUUUUUGUCUGCCUUUAAAAAACAGUCAAGAUCGAUUAGAUAUCUUGAUUUUAAUUUAUUACUGGUGUUGUUUUCUUUUUUUUUCCCAGAUAAAGCGUGAAGCCACUUUACAUUUGUUGCAAUAUAAAAUGCAACCCUAAAACAUGCCAAACAUUCAAACAUAUUUACUUUCAAAAGGUUGAAAGCAUGGUGUAAAAAAAAUAAAAGUAAGAAAUAAGGUAGACAGGUGGUGGCUGGUUACAUUUUGAAUUAUUCUAAUAUUUUAUUGUUAAUAUGAUCUGUUUAAGUAAAUAAUACUAUAUAGUAUAAAAACAGACAUAGUACGGCAUGUCAAUGUUUUAAGGUAUAUGUAGGCAUUGUGCAGUAUAGAGAUGCACCGAUUUAGAAUGUGUAUUGUACUGCAGUGCUUCUUCAACCAGUGUUGUUGAAAUUGUUGGAUUUUUUUUCUAACCACAUGGAUUUAAAAUUUCAUUUGUUAAAGAUUUCCAAUGAAGUUUUUACAAGGGAGUGUAUAAAGUUGUUUACAUUCUAACCUAGUUAUACUGGUUUAUAUACAGACUACUGGAAAAAUAAAUGAAUUA